AUGAGCGUCGACACAAGCAAGUUUGUACAGCGUCACAGUCAUUCCCAUGGAGGUGGUGGCGGCCAUGACAUUUCUGAAGCACUUAACAGCGGUGCGUGGUGGGCCAAAUGGAAUCCUAAUGAAGUUACAAUCUGGGAUAGCACCGUUCCAAACUCAUGGAAAAAAUGUGCCAUGGACCAUGUAUACUUCGGAGAGGCUGAGUACAGUGGAAGCAUCAAAGCCCGUAUCUCCUCUAUUUUUGUGGUCUUCUUCGUGAGUACUGCAUUUACCAUGCUACCACUAAUUUUGACCAAGGUGAAGGGUCUUCAUGUACCCAAGCCAGCCUAUCUGUUUGCCCGUUAUUUUGGUACUGGUGUUAUCGUUUCCACGGCUUUCAUUCACUUGAUGGAACAUUCAGCUAUAUCGAUUGGUAGUAACAGUUGCGUUGGAAUGUCAGGUCGCUGGGCAGAGUUCCCAUGGUGUUCGGGAAUCAUUUUGGUUACCGUAUUCGUAAUUUUUCUAGUUGAUCUUAUGGGCGACGUUUACGUCGAAAGACGCUUCGGUAUUACCCAUCAACCUGGCGACCACACUGAAGCAGCCAUUACAACCAAAAGAAGCAACCAAGGCACGGGCGACAGCAAGGGCUCUCUAUCGAACGAUUUGGAGUACAGCUUGACAAACAAGGAGCAAAGUGGGUACCGCACCUAUUCUUCAGAAACUGACAGCAACGAUUUAGCUUGCGGCGUUAGCGACGAAAUUAAUGUUAAACCUUUCCAAAGUCAAAUUGGUGCAUUCCUCGUCAUGGAAUUUGGUAUCGUUUUCCACUCUGUUAUGAUCGGUUUGGAACUAGGUACUACCGGCAGCGAAUUUUCUGUUCUUUAUCCGGUCAUUGUUUUCCAUCAAUCUUUUGAAGGUCUCGGGAUCGGUGCCAGAUUGAUCUCUAUUUCUUUUCCUCAAGAUAAGAGGUGGUGGCCCUACGCAUUGUGCUUAUGCUACGGUGUCAGCACGCCCAUCGCAAUGGCUAUUGGCCUUGGCGUUCGCAGUAAAUUCGUGGCUCAUUCUUUCAAUAUGAGUAUUAUUGCUGGUGUACUAGACGCUAUUUCUGCAGGUAUUCUGAUCUACACAGGACUAGUCGAGCUUUUGGCUAAAGACUUUAUUUUCGAUCCUAACCGCACCAAAGAUCUACGAAAGCUUACUUACAUGGUCGUUUGUACCCUAAGUGGUGCUGGCUUAAUGGCUCUUCUAGGUAAAUGGGCUUAA